UUAUAAUAUUAUAAUAAUCCGUUUUAAUGAGAAGAGUGAUUUUGAUAGUUAUUUUGAUAGGUAUAGCUCAAUCAGCUCAACAUUUAAGACAAAAUAAGAGCCGUAUAUUGAAUGGAUAAAAAUUAGCUAUGGUAGAAAAAUAAGUUUAAUACAUUGAUGAUGAUGUUUAAUUAAAUGGAGAACAAGAAGUUGAAUAAUCAGGGUUUUAGGAAAUAAAUGUUCAUGAAUAAAAAUUAAUAGAAUAAGAGGAGGAAGCAGUAAUAUAAAUAGAUGAAGAACAAACAUUAAGUGCAGAAUAAAUGGAAGAAUUAGAUAGAAAAGAAUAGGAAGAAUAUGAAAGAAUGAAGAGAUAAAGACUUGAAGAAUAACAUUUAAAUGAUGAAGAUACUUAUAUGUAAAGUUAGGUAGAUGAAAGAAAAUCAAAUAAUAUAUAUAUAGCAGAAAGUGAAAUGCCAGUAGAUGUAGUUGAACAUUAAUUAACUCCUGUUAUAUAAAAGGAUCCGAUACCUGAUUAAAAAGGUGUAGUUUCUCCAUUUGCUCCAGCUGAUAACAGUUUACCAUAUUCAUCAUAUGAUAGUGAAAGUGGAUUUGAAGUUAAAGAAAGUGAUAUCAGAAUGUAAGGAUCAAUCAAUCCAAAUGAUAUGGAUUAAUAUUUACAAGAAUAAUACAGAAAAGAGAUGGAGUAAUUUGCAAAUUUCCAUAUUUGAAAAUAUAAUAUAAUUAUUCAAAUAAUUCAAUCUGAAC